CCACGUGGGCGAGCGGUCUCCGGGCUAUGUUGCUGGGAGGUUCCGGGGUUCUAGUUUCCCUCCUUUCCGCAGCUCGACCCACGCUGCGGAGACUCACCUUUUGUGGCUGCAGAUUGAUAAUGGCAAGCGGCGGGUGCGAGGCUCCUAAUCGGGAGGGCCGAGACUCCGGUUGCCCGGAGGAGCCGCAGAAGCAGCAGCUUCGGGGCGGUGCUAAGCCUUACGGAGAGCAGCAGCCCCCAGCCAGGGAGAAGGAGCAGGCGCCAGUUCCAGCCUUGGCCCCAACCUCGGGCGGUCGGAAGAAGCGGCGGGGCCGGAUCGGAGAGCGCUUCGUGCCGCCCCCGAAGAAGCGGCGGGCCGGGGUCAGCUUCAGCGACCAGCAUUUCGCCGAGACUAACUAUUAUUUUGAGGGCGGGCUGCGCAAGGUGCGGCCUUACUACUUCGACUUCCAGACCUACUGUAAGGGCCGCUGGGUGGGCCGCAGUUUGCUCCACGUCUACAGUACCGAGUUUCGCGCCCACCCCCUCUCCUAUUACGAGGCGGCUGCCAAGGCCGGCCGCCUGCGCCUCAACGAGCAGCCAGUGCGAGACCUCGGCGUUAUUCUUAAGGACAAUGACUUCCUCCGCAACACCGUCCACCGGCAUGAGCCCCCGGUGACAGCAGAGCCCAUCCGUCUGCUGGCCGAGGAUGAUGAAGUCGUGGUUGUAGACAAGCCCUCCUCUAUGCCUGUUCACCCUUGUGGUCGCUUCCGCCAUAACACUGUCAUCUUCAUCCUGGGCAAGGAUCACCAGCUUAAGGAGCUGCAUCCGCUGCACAGGCUAGACCGACUCACAUCAGGGGUGCUUAUGUUCGCCAAGACAGCUGCUGUCUCUGAGCGGAUCCACGAGCAAGUUAGAGAUCGGCAGCUGGAGAAAGAAUAUGUGUGCCGGGUGGAAGGAGAGUUCCCUGCUGAAGAAGUCACCUGCAAGGAGCCCAUCUUGGUGGUCUCCUACAAGGUGGGACUGUGCCGUGUGGACCCACGGGGCAAGCCCUGUGAAACUGUAUUCCAGAGACUGAGUUACAAUGGUCACUCUAGUGUGGUACGCUGCCAGCCUCUUACGGGCCGUACCCACCAAAUCCGGGUACACUUGCAGUUCUUGGGCCACCCUAUCGUCAAUGACCCCAUCUACAACACAGCGGCUUGGGGCCCUGCCCGGGGCCGAGGUGGUCAUGUCCCUAAGACAGAUGAUGAACUGCUACGGGACCUGUUGGAGGAACACCGGGCCAAACAAAGCCUGGAUGUUCUAGAUCUCUUUGAAGGGGACCUACCUCCAGGUCUUAAACCCACCUCGGACCAAUUUUUCAAGCAGGACUUGAAAGAGCCAACCAUAACCACAGGAGAUCCAGAGGAGCCAAACCGAGAAGCCCCUCUUGAUUUGGACACAACAGAGCCAGCUCGUGGGGAGACAGCUGGGUCACAGCUUAAGAACAAAGAAAUGGACCCUCUUUGUGAGGAAUGCCGUUUGGUGAGACAAGACCCCUUGCCUCAGGAGCUGGUGAUGUAUCUUCAUGCCCUACGCUAUAAAGGGCCUGGCUUUGAGUACUCUUCCCCCAUGCCUGCCUGGGCACAGGAUGACUGGAAGGAAGACUGAGGGGUAUGGUUCCUGGGUUGCCUUCUGUGUUGGAGGCAGGGCCACCAUCCCUCACAGAGCUACUGUGGCCAGCCUUCACUUCAUCAGGGGAAGUGCAUGUUCUCUGUUGGUGCUCAGGAGUUAGGAAGGAGAGGUCUUAGGCUCUUUUUCAGAGCAAAGGGAAAAUGAUAUACCUCAUUUACCAUCCUACCUCCAGCCAGAGUUUUGGCAACUCUUGAUUCUGAAAAUGUUUCUUCCCAAUGUCUCUUUUUUGAAGGUUGUUCCUUGAGCGUUCAGGUCCCAUACCCUGUGGCUAUACCUAGAUGUUUUCAGCCUUCCUUGCUGUGCAAGCAGAGGUUUUUCUCCCUCCUGCAGAAAGUUUGUGUCCCUUCCACUGUGAUUUGGUUCCUGUUUCUCAAGGUAUAUGUAGUAUAGCAACUAGGUUUGUGAAAUGCUAUUUUAGUCAGGCAGGAAAUAUUUUUAAAAUGCAUUCUGCUUUUUAUAUCCUUUCCCAAUUGUGUGUCCUUCUGUCCCCUGUCACCCUCAUCCCCAACAAAGAAACCGUUAAGCAUAACUGCAAAUGACAAAUAAAAGUGCCCAGGCCCUACCUUCUCCACUAAGAGGAGAUAUCGUGAGCAUAGUCAUCAGGAGCCAACAUUGAUCAUUGUAUGUGAUGUAAGUUCUGUUGAUGUUUACAGUAACAUAACUAUUGCAUAUGUGGUUCUCCUGGUUCAUACAACAGUCCCCAUGAGCUCUGAAUUUCUCAUCGUUCUUUAUGAUACAGUCAUAUUCCACAUACACCACAGUUCAUCUGCUCCCUAGUCAUUAGGCCCCUACUUUUGUUUCCAAUUUUUUGCUGCUAUAAAUAUUUCGUUUUGCGUGGAACCUAGGUAUGUUCCCAGUAGUGGAAUCAUGUGGUCCAAGAGUAUAUAACCAUGUGACAAAAAGUAGAAAAAUCAGUGGAUUGAAAAUCAGAGGACUCAAGUUCAAAUCCCUACUCUACUCAUAUAUGAUCUUGGGCUAGUCAUUUAACCCUUAUUGGACCUCAAUUUCUUUACUCCUGUAAAAUACAAGAGUUGGACUAGAGAUGCCCUAAGCUCCUUUCUUAGCUCUAAAUCCGUGAUACUGACUUUUCUCACAAAAUCCCAAAUUGGUUUUCAGAAUGGUUGUACCAAUUCCACAGCUCCAUCAACAGUGAAUUAUUGGCACUAUUCCCAUACUGACUAGUUAGCUCUAAGUAUUUAUUAAAUAUUAGUUUUGUGGGUAUGAAGAGGAUGAUGUUUAUGCCCCAGGAAGAUAGGUGUUUAUUUGCAAAUUAUGCACAUGUGGGUUGCAAGUUGGGAGGGUCUGGACUGCUAGCUUGAGGUGGGUGUUGGCUAAGUAUUAGCAUUUAUUUUGAUACCUUAAGAAUCCUUAAUUUCAUCAGCGGUGGGCCAUCCUUCACUAAUGCAGAUUGCAGCCACUCACCAACAGUGAGUGGCUUCAAGUUGGCAAAGCAAAAAAAUAAAAUAAAAUUCAUCCUCCCAGGUGCUCCACCUCCUGCUGAUGAGCCUCUUGGCGAUUAGGUAGGCAAGCAUUUAUUAAACCUCUAAUAACAGUUAUUACCUAGCAAGACCUGCCAGAUCUGGCUUAUACUUUCUUAGCACAGCCUUUGGGAGCCUAAGACCACCUCAGCAGCACAAUUCAGCAAGCACCAGGAGAUUGCCACCACCCUAUCUCAAUCCUUUAACAAUUGUAGUCAGAAGAGGUGGUCAGGCCACAUGCAGCCCACAAUGCUCCGGAGUACAGCCUGAACCAGAUUAAAAUAUGAUUGGGAAAUAUUUAGCAAAAUUAAUUAAAAUGCAGUAAAACCUAGAUAACGUCAGUAUAUGAAUUUCUAUGCCAGUAUGUGGCCUACAGGGUUUAGUGGGCUCCAUUUCUAUUUGAGUCUAACACUAUUGAACUGGACUAUUAAUUAGAUCAUUUGGUUUCCCUUCUUCCAAACUCUUCCUAAAAUUCAUCCAAAAUAAUCUAUCUCCCUACAACAUAGAUCUGACUAGGUCAUUUCCCUACUCAAGAGCCUUUCCUGGCUCUCCAUUACCUGUGGCAUAAAAUGCAAAUAAUCUUGACAUUUAAGACCCUCCAAGAUGUGGGUCUUACCAGUAUUUUGAGCCUUAUAUCACAUGAUUCCCCUUCACACAGUACCUUCCAGCCAAAUUGCAAUGCCAGCUGUUCCCUAAACUCUCCUGCCUGCUUAUGUUCUCCUAAGCCAUUCCCUAUGUCUAGAACUCUCUCCUUUCUGCCUGUCAGAAUCCCUACCUUCAAGGCCUGUCUUUAGUGCUAGUAACCCCGUAGAGCCAUUGCUGUCUGUGAUACUGAAAGCAUUAUACAAAGUGAUGAGGGUAGAAAGACAAAAUCGUCAUGGAGACAACAACACAUACAUAGGUAAAAAUAACACAUGUGCCAUGCAAAUACAAAAUAACUGGGGAGAGGGAGGAGCAUUAAUCUAUGGGGAAAGGAUAUCAAAAAACCUCCAUGUAGGAGGUUGUACUUGAGUCUUGAAGGAAGUUGGAUUCUAAAAGGUGGUAGUCAGGAGAAUGAAUUCUAGGCAUGGAGGACAGCUUGUGCAAAUAUAACAGUGGGAGAUGAGAAUAUCAUGGAUGAAAACAGUGUAAUGUGGAACCUAGUGAGUGAAGGGGAAUAAUAGAAAUCUGGAAAGUUUAACCUAUAAAGUCAGACUGUGUGUGGGAGGGGGAGGUUCAAUGUGUAAAAAGUAGGGAACUUCUGAUGGUUCUUAAGGAGAGGAGUGAUACGGUCAGACCUGUGCUUUACAAAGAUUAUCUUGGCAGUUGUGUGGAAAUUUAAUUUGGAGAGGAGAGAUUUCAAGCAAGUAAGGCAGUGAGGAAAGCAAAAGCCUGCUGGCGGGUCUGUUUGCCUCAAGUCUUUGUCCCAGCCAAGUCCUCUUCCAAAGUGUGAUUUUUCUAAAGUUCCAGUUCAACCAUAUCACCUCCCUAUUCAGUAAGCUCCAGUGGCUUCCUGUUGCCCUCAAGGUCAAAUAGAAACUCCUCUGCUUGGUGUUCAGAACCUUUCAUAACCUACCACCAACCUCCGCCUUUCCAGUCUUCUUUCACUUUAUUCCCCAGUACAUACCCUUCAAUCUAGUGACGGGCCUGGCUGUUUCACAAACAAGAUACUCCAUCUCUCAACUUCAGGGGUUCUCCCUGGCUGUGCCCUAUUCCUGGAAUUCUCUCCAUCCUCUGUUCUGACUAUUGACCUCCCAACUAAAAUCCUACUUCUACUAGAAGACUUUGAUAUCCCCUCUUAAUUCUAGUACUCUAUUAAUUAUCUCCUCUUGGGCAGCUAGGUGGCUCAGUGGAUAGAGCACCAGCCCUUGAUUCAGGAGGACCUGAGUUCAAAUCCAGCCUCAGACACUUGACACUUACUAGCUGUGUGACCCUGGGCAAGUCACUUAACCCUCAUUGCCCCACAAAUAAAUGAAUGAAUGAAUAACUAAAUAAAUAAAUGAUCUCCUGUUUAUCCUGCAUGUAGCUUGUUUGUCUAUAUCUGUUUUCAUGUUGUCUCCCACGUUACACUGUCAGCUCCCUGAAGGCAGGGACUGUUAUUUGCCUCUCUGUAUCCGCAGCACUUGGCACAGUGCCUGGCACACAGUCGGGCACUUUAAAGAAAUGUUGAUCGGGGCGGCUAGGUGGCGCAGUGGAUAGAGCACCGGCCCUGGAGUCAGGAGUACCUGAGUUCAAAUCCGGCCUCAGACACUUAGCACUUACUAGCUGUGUGACCCUGGGCAAGUCACUUAACCCCAAUUGCCUGACUAAAAAAAAUUAAAAAAAAAAAAAAAAGAAAUGUUGAUCAAUCGAGGCAUUUGCAGUAAUCCAAGUGAGGUGCAGAGGGUCCAAAGUAGGUAGUAGUAUGUAACUAGAGAGAAGGGGGCAGGUGCAUGCUACCUUGAAAAAUAGAAUGGAUGUGUCCUGACACCUAAUUGUAGGGUGCACCGGCCCUGGAUUCAGGAGGACCUGAGUUCAGAUCCGGUUCAGACAUUUGACACUAGCUGUGUGAUCCUUGGCAAGUCACUUAAUCCUCAUUGCCCUGCCAAAAAAAAAAAAAAAGAAAGAAAAUGACUCCAAGUUUGCCACCCUGGGUGACAGAAUGGUGAGUACACUGUA